CCAAUAUCCAUUAUGAACGCCCAGCCCAACUUGAAUGUGCCACGUCGAAUUCCAGAACUCUGGUUUGAAGACGGAAAUAUUGUGCUCCAAGCUGGUAAUGUGCAAUAUCGGGUUUUCAGAAGCAUACUCGCUCGCCACUCGCCUGUGUUCCGAGAUAUGUUGUCCUUUCCGCAACCUGCUGACGGAGAAGUUGUUGAUGGAUGCCCCCUUGUGCGAAUCCCGGAUCCGGAGGAGGAAACUACGCCAUUCUUAAGUGCUCUAUUUGACAUAGAAUAUUUCCCUCCUUUCCCAGCCCUUACAACCGCCUUGAAACUGUAUGGGUGUCUCCGACUCUCACACAAGUAUGAAGUACUUGAGCUGCGCAAGCGCGCUUUAAUCCAUCUGAGCUCGCGUUUCCGGACCGAGCUCCAGCAACACAAUCGCGUUCGCCUGCGGACGUCGUCGCUGAGUGACCUCUCGCAUCCAGUGUCGAAUUAUUCAUCCUGGGCGAUGAGUUCGGACGACGACUUCCUGAUCUGUCUUGUCCAGCUCGCACGUGAAGUCGACGCGUUGUGGGUCCUGCCGCACUUAUUUUACCAACUGGUCGUCGGCGGUCUUCGGAGAGCUGUCUAUAAUGGUGUCCAGUUCGGUGGAAUUGCGGGCGAUCUAUCCCCACAGGACCAAAUCAACGUCGAAAUAGCCCUGCACUCUCAUACAUCAGCCUCCUUGGAAAUUUUUCACUGUCUGCAAACCCCGGGCCCCGCACUAAGAAGCGCUUGUCCCUCCUCAAAAGACUGUUUGGAUCGGUGUUUACGGGUCGUUUCGAGCAAUCAAUGGAUGCUCCACGAGUACCUGCGAGAUCCGCUGACUAUCUGGGCAGACGGCGACUGGGCCGCCUUCGAUGAAUUGGGUCCCAAGCCGCAUAUUUGUCGAAUCUGUUUGACGGACUUGAUGUCUCGGGUGAAGGCAAUAGAAGAGGGCUUUUGGACUGCACUGCCUGGGCUACACGGGCUUCCCCCUUGGAAUCAGCUGAAUGAAAUGAAGAAAGCGGCAAUCGGAGACGAGUUUUUAUAA